CAUAGACCAUAGAGGUGAGACAGGAAGAAGGGCAUUUCACGUGGGAGAAGCGAGGCAACAUGUCAGCCUCCUUGCUGAGAAAGGGUCUGGAGUUGCUGGAGACGACGGGAGCGUCCGCUCUCCGGCCCAAGAGGGCAGCCACCACCAGCCCACCCAACAAGCAGUCGCUGGCGAGGGCGAGGAAAAAGAAGUUCUCUCGGCCCCAAAAGGAGAAGGCGACAGUCAAGGGCAAAGUCAUCAAGUCCGCAUUAGAGGAGUAUACGAAACGUCAAGCUGUUGACCAUUUUCAGGAAAAUGUGAAGUACAUGACGAGUAGCCAUUUCAUGACAGACAGCACCAUCACUCAGAAGGUUUUGGCCCAAAAUAGAGGCAGGAAAGCCAGAGACCGCCGUCAAGAGGAGGAGAAAAAGAAGCCCGAAGGCACUGUUUUCACCGAGGAAGACUUCCAGAGAUUUGAGAGAGAAUAUUUUGGGGGAACUGGAACAGUCUGACAAAAACGGCACUGUCUCCUGGUUAUAGAGAAAACAUCAAAGAUACUUCCUUUUCAUAAGCAAUUGGGAGCAGAACUUUACAAUAGGGACCUGAAGCACCUCUACAUCUAACUUGUUCAGUCCUCUCAUGCAAGAUGUCUGCUCUUUCUUACCAAGAAAACAUUGUUCCUAGGAAUUACCUACUUUGGGACUUGGGGUUCUACCUCUCUAAUCCUUUUUGCAGCAGUAUGAGAAAAUGCUGGCUUCAACCAAUCAUCCCCCACCCCCAAAUAGUUAAGAGGCCUGAGAGACAAAUUGAAUGCCAAUGUUAGGGCAAGGGGAAUUCCCCCAAAGUGUGGGAAUUAAAUGCACUUCCUUUUGCAGGAAUACUGCUAGGAAAACUCCAUAAAUGUGUAUUUUAUUGUUACACUUGCAUUCAUUUUCGUCCUUCUUCCAAAGAAAUUACAGCAGCUUAUAUACAGUUGUGCUUCGUACCCCAAGUGAUCAUCUCUCUAAAGCAUCUUAGGUUUCUGUAUUCAGUGUGAGGCUGUAGUAACACUGCUUCUGUUAGUAAGUGAAAAGGGUCUCUAGUUGAGUUUCUGAAAAUGAUUCUUGAGGCUUACAAGGUAGGUAUUUAUGGUAUAGCAUAACUUGUGCUCUUAAAGUAGCUUGAGGGUAAGUAGCUUGGGGGCACUUCUGGAUCCUUUGCUGUCGCUUGAAGCCCAAGUGGUCUCAGUGGAGUGAAGCGCCUUCCAUCAGAUUCGACAGUUGUCCCAGCCACACCUCUGUCUGGAUAGAGAUAGCCUAACUCCUGCCAUCUGUGUUCUGGUAACCUCUAGGAUGGUAGUAGUAUUCUUAUACACAGCUCAUCAGACUGGGUUGCCCCACUCUGGGCGAUUACUGCAGUGCCAAGGGCUGCCUUUGUAGACAGUUAAGAAACUCCAGCUGGUGCAGAAUUCAGUGGCCAGGUUGCUAACCAGGACAAGAGGGUUUGAGCAUAUUACACUAAUCCUGAAUUGCCUGUCGGUGAGUUUCCAGCCCCUAUUCACAGUGGGGGUUUUUACCUAUUAAGCUUUGAACUGCUGAGGACUGUCUGUCACCAUAUGAACCGACCCAGACCCUAUGAUCGUCAUCCGAGGACCACCUUUGUGUGCCUCUAGAGGUCUGGGUGGCAGCAACACAAGAGUGGGCCAUUUCUGCAGUGGCUCCGUUUGUGGAAUGCUCUCCUCGGGGACGUUUGGCUAGCACCUUUAUUACACACCUUUGGGCCCCUGGCAGAAAUGAUCCUCUUUAACCAGGCCUGACUGAUUUAACAUCCUAUAUACCCUGUAAAAUGUGUCUAUGGGAGUGGGGUUAUUGGUUUGUUUUGCUUUUGUAUGUAAUUUAUUUUCUUUUUGUAUUUUUGUUGUGAGACACUGUGAUCGUCGGGGGAAGGACAGUAUACAAAUUUAAUAAAUAAUAAUACAAUUGUCAUUUAAA